AUGAAGAGUGACUCCAUCGCCGUUGAUGUCCCUGCAGAGUCUAGCUCAGCCAUCAAAGGCAAAGCUCCUCUCCUUGGUUUAGCCAGAGGCCACACUGGCUCAGGAGGUUACAAGAGAGGCCUUUCCAUUUUCGAUUUCCUUCUCCGUUUGGGCGCCAUUGUAGCUGCUUUAGCUGCUGCUGCGACAAUGGGAACUAGUGACGAGACUCUCCCUUUCUUCACUCAGUUUUUACAGUUCCAAGCUAGCUACGAUGAUCUUCCAACUUUCCAGUUCUUUGUGAUUGCCAUUGCAAUUGUCGCAGGUUACCUUGUCCUGUCUCUUCCCUUCUCAGUCAUCACUAUUAUUCGUCCUCUAGCUGUCGCCCCGAGACUCCUCUUGCUUGUUCUUGACACGGCGGCUCUGGUUUUGAGCACAGCGGCUGGUUCCGCAGCUGCAGCGAUAGUGUAUUUGGCACACAAUGGGAACCAGAACACAAACUGGCUUCCGAUCUGCCAACAGUUCGGAGAUUUCUGUCAGAAAACAAGCGGAUCUGUUGUCGCUGCCUUUGCUUCCGUCACUUUUAUAGCCAUCCUUGUCGUCAUCUCCGGCGUUUCUCUCAAACGGCCAUAA